UGUAUUUUGUCUUGACAAAUCAAGGAAUGAUUAAUUCGACUUGACCUGUACAUCUCUUCAAUGCAUCUCCAAAACCACGCAAUGCAUAUUCAGUACUCUCUUCAUGCUUUUCGCAGAACGCAACGGUCGCCAUAACGCCGCAACAUCAUCCACUUUUACCCCACAAAACCAUGCGUCUAGUCUCUCUUGAAUCCUCAUGUUUCGCACACCGUCCUUGACUCUUUGUUAUCUUUCACAGUGAAGGAAGAUUAAGAUUAAUAUUUUGUUUUGUGGGUCAAUUGGAAGUUUGUACUUUGCUUCCUAGCUGGGACUGAUUGAGAAAGUCAGAGAUAUAGACAGUGAAACUGAGAAAGAGAAACAGGAGGUGGGAUGGGUAUGGCUUUUUGCCCAUUAUUUUUCUGUGCAAAAGGUUCCAAUCGAAAAGCACGAGGUAAGAAAGUGUCUACAUGGAGAGUCUUUUCUUUGAAGGAACUACACUCCGCAACAAAUAAUUUUAACUAUGAUAACAAGCUUGGAGAAGGAGGAUUUGGCAGUGUAUACUGGGGCCAGCUCUGGGAUGGAUCACAAAUUGCAGUGAAGAGAUUAAAAGUUUGGAGCAACAAAGCAGAUAUGGAAUUUGCUUCAGAAGUUGAGAUACUGGCCAGAGUAAGACACAAGAAUCUUCUUAGUCUACGCGGCUAUUGUGCUGAAGGGAAAGAAAGAUUAAUCGUGUAUGAUUAUAUGCCAAAUUUGAGCUUACACUCUCAUCUUCAUAGACAGAACUCUUCAGAUUGUCUUCUUAAUUGGAACAGGCGCUUGAAUAUCGCAAUUGGGUCAGCUGAGGGAAUUGAAUAUCUUCACCACCAAGCAACACCACACAUAAUCCACAGAGAUAUCAAAUCAAGCAAUGUGUUAUUGGAUGCAGAUUUCCAGGCUCAGGUUGCUGAUUUUGGUUUUGCUAAGUUGAUUCCUGAUGGGGCAACCCAUGUGACAACAAGAGUGAAGGGAACCCUUGGCUACCUAGCACCAGAAUAUGCGAUGCUUGGCAAGGCGUCAGAGAGUUGUGAUGUCUAUAGUUUUGGAAUUCUCCUACUAGAACUUGCUAGUGGCAAGAAACCAAUUGAAAAACUGAGUACUUCAAUGAAGCGAUCGAUAGCUGAUUGGGCACUACCAUUGGCUAUUGAGAAGAGAUAUAGUGAACUUGCAGAUCCAAAGCUAAAGGGUAAGUAUGUGGAGGAAGAACUCAAAAGAAUGAUUCUUGUUGCACUUGUAUGUGCUCAAAGGGAGCCUGAGAAGAGACCUACCAUGCUUGAGGUGGUAGAGCUGCUUAAGGGAGAAUCUAAGGAUAAGCUAUCUGAGUUAGGAAAGAAUGAAUUGUUCAGAAACCAUCCAGGUUUAGAUGACAAUGAUGGGGCAUCAGUUGCUGAAGAUAGUUCAGACUUCAUCACAGAAGAGAAGGAAUCAACGUCUGAGAUGAUAGAGAGUAGUGGGCUAUAGUCCUGGCGAAAUAGCUGAAACCAUGAACUCUUUUUUUCCCCGGUGUUUUUACAGAUUUGUAAAGCUCUCACAACUUGCAGGUCAUUGUUAUCGCCAAGCGGAGUUCAAAAUGGAAGCAUAUGGGUUUAUCAGUGUUUGGGGUCUGUGUUCAUAUUGGUUUUUCUGCUAUCUAGAGUUUCUGAUAUUGGUGCAGUGUCUAAGGUCUUCUUUUUUACUUCUCUGUUUCAGACUAUCAUCUUCUGAAUCUUUCUAACUGUAUUGUAAUUAAGCAUUGGGCUUGGCCCACUCUGCCUUAUUGUAAUUAAUGCGCCCACCUGUGCUAAUCUUACUGAAA